AUUUGCAAAUUCAGUGACAAGAUUUCCCGCUUCUUCUUCCACUGAACAGGAAGGAAAAAAAAACAGUAAGAGAAAAAACGGGAUCGAAAUCAAGCACGACAACAACAAUGGAAGACGUAGAUAGAUUAUUCGAAUGUUUCAAAUGCGGCAUUUCUCCUCCUCAAUCUGCUGUGAGAGAGAGAAAGAGAAGUAAAGGAAAAAUCAAGAAUCGAGGGAUUUCAAUAAAUGAAGCAUCUCCUGGUUCAGCUGAGCAACCAAAGAAGAAAAUUGCAUCAAAUGCAGUUGAAGGAAAGAAUGUUAGUCAAGGAAAGCAGAUCUCUCCGGUUGUGUUUUAUGGGUCUCCACAUGGAGUGCCACCAAAAAGACCCAUUAGCUUAUUGAGACUUUUGCGUGAAAUUCGCAUUGAUCUCGCGGAACAACAAAAAUCACAUUUGAGUAAGGAAGUAUGGGCAACAUUUCCUAGGCAGAAUGAAGCGAUGAAUUUUGCAAAAGAGCAUGCAGAUGUACGCGUUUUUAGCUAUCAAGAUCACCAUAAUGGACAACGAAGGUUUCUUGUUUCUACAUACAGAGAGUUUUGGAGAAGGUACAAAAACAUGGAUGCUAAAUUUCGCCACCAUUAUGAAGUGAUUCAGGAGGGUUUACCAUGCCACCUUUAUUUUGAUCUGGAGUUCAGUAGGAGAGACAAUGCAGAAAGAAAUGGAGAUGAAAUGGUCGAUCUCUUGAUAUCAGUCACCCUAGAAGCAUUAUUUGAAAAGUAUUCUAUUCAAGGGAACCAGGAUUGGAUAGUAGAGCUCGACUCUUCUACUGCAGAAAAGUUCUCUCGCCAUUUGAUCAUCCGCAUCCCGAAGACUGCUUUUAAAGACAACACACAUGCAGGUGCAUUUGUUUCAGAGAUAUGCUCUCGGAUUCUUAGUACAAGAGGGAGAGAUGAAGGAUUUGAAAAUAUGUUUAUAAGAAAACAUUCAUCCUCUGCUGAACCUCCAAGCCAACUUUUUAUAGAUGCUGCUGUAUAUUCUAGAAACCGCUGCUUUCGCUUAGCUCUUUCAUCAAAAGCAGGGAAGAAUUCUGUCCUGCUGCCUACUGAGCGCUUCAAGUGUAAGGACAUGUGUGAAGAAGACAUGUUCAUGUCAUCCUUGAUCUGCAGCAUGGAUGUUGAUUGCAAUAAACUUCUUGUCUGCAAAAUGGACAUGGAAUGUAUGAAGACCCUGCAAUUUGAUACGGAGGUAAACAAUGAUUACAGAAGACACUGCACCCCAAAAGAAUUUCCAUUGAAUGGUGUGCCAAGCGAUACUGGAAACUCACCAUUCCCAGCCUUGGACAAAUUCAUAGAAUCUAUUGCCUCAAUCGGAAAUAUAUCAGGAAAAAUACGAAGCUGGUAUUGGUUCUCGGAGUAUGGACUGAUGGUCUACAGCAUGUCCAGAAAUAGAUACUGUGAACGAAUUGGUAGAGAGCAUAAAAGCAAUCAUGUUAUGUAUGUUGUUGACUUGAGAAGGGCGGAUUAUUAUCAGAAAUGCCAUGAUCCAGAUUGCCAAGGUUACCGAUCCCCUUUACGUCCCAUCCCUUGGAAUGUGAUCCCUGAUCCUCCAUAUUCUUAUGAUUCAGUGCAAAUGGUGGAUCAAAUAGGGUCAACAAAUGAUUAUCUUAAACUUCAACACGUUAGCAACGAAUGUGAAGAUUUUCUGCUUUGUGAUAACAAACAUGACCCAGAUAGCUGUUCUAAAGAUUCUUGGUGGCUUGAAGCCAUAAAAGUUGCAGAUGAUAUUGAAAAUAAGCAGAAGACAUCGGAUAGCAUUGACGAGGAAGAUGACAAUUGGUGGACGGCUGUGGAAGAAACUGCAUCCCAAUCUGAACUUAUUCACUUCAGUUAAUAAAUGGGUGUUGACAGAUGGUUGAUAAACGCCCCUCCAGCUCAAACUGAUGGCUGAUGUGAAUAAUGUCCAACAGGGAAAGCACUGCCAACUGCGCCCGCGCCCUGAGCUAGUUGUGUAGCAUCUUAUUAUGAAGAAGUAGCACUGAUGAAUUCGGAUGGGUCGCCUUGCUGUUCAAGUUCCAAGCAAACCAUGUCCAGCUUAUGCAUCAUUCAUCUUAACAUUGCUGUACAUAGAUAGUCAUUCUUGCUUUUGCAAGUCUCUAUAUAUAUCUGAUUAGGCGCAAGCAAUCUGGAUGUCUACGUUGUGUUAGAAGUUGCUGUAGUAUCCCCUAUUAGAAAUCAGAGCUCUUAACAGAUCUAAGAGGUUGUUUUUCAACUGAUAUCGUGUAAAUAUAACUAUAAUCAGCUUAUUACACGAUUUGCAGUGUACUGUAUACGUUUAUGGUUGCAGUAAUUGUAGUUACCCCUUGUAUAACGGUUAGGCAAUAAUGGAAGUUACUUGAUAUCCAA